UCUCUUCUCCCAAGUUGUUGAAAAGGUUGCCAAACCAAUUAGAAAAUUCUUCUGAUCGAUUUCAUGACAAGUUGUGGUGAAUAACUCCUUCGUCACGCCGAAUUGUGCACUAAUGCGUUGUUUCAGCUCCUUUUGUUGAUAUUCUGCUCCAAUGUCUGUGUUAAGCGGGAGACAUGAUUGCUUCGCGAUACUUCGGUGCUCAAGUUCUCAUCUGUUGUUCCAUACUUCACUACUCGGAAUGUGAUGGCUUUAGACAUCCGUAUGCUGUGUAUUUUUAAGUUUAGUCAUGUUCUAUCAAAGAUAUAAUAUAUAAAAUCGAAGUCGUUGAGCGCUGUUCUUAAAGCAUUAAUGCUUAUUUUAAGGAAGAUUCUCUUUGUGCAAUUACCGACCUAGCUACUCAUGCAGAAUGAAAUGUCCUUUUCUUUCUCCAUACCGUGGAUUCCUGUUAGCUCUCUCAUGAACAAGGUACACCUUUUUGCCCCCCCAAUAUUAGUGUCAGUCCUGUCUCUUAUUUCCAUGUGAACUGAAUUGCGGAGGUUAAUAGACCAAAUAUGGCAUUAAUGAAUAUGAACAUCGUGAGUUUACAACAGUGACAAACCUGUUCUUACAUGGAUGUUUUCUGCAAUUUGACCUUAUUGAGGAUGAUGGACCCUGCUAAUCAUUUUUGGCAAAUGUUAUUCUAUCAAAGUUUGUUUUGUUUUUUUUCCUAUCAAACUCAUGUUACUAAUCAUUUUCUGAUAUCAAAUCGUUCUUUAAACCCAGAAUGGAUACCACUUCUGUCAACUAUGGAGCCAAAGAUGCAAGUACUUCUUACUAGCCAUCAACUUUUAUGUGAAAAAUGUAAAAUUUCCCCAAGCAGUGGCCUGACAGUUUCUAAACGAGAUGCUCAGAUGACCAUUUUUAAAGAAAUUUGUUAUGCAGAUGCAAUCUUAUCAGGAUUUCAGGAUCUCAUUGUUAGCUACAUGUCUGACCAUCAGAGAAUCACGUCAAUCAGCUUUUCAAAAGCAUUAACAAUUGUAAGUAUGUUGGGGAUCAUUCUGCCUCCUGAAGUUCUAGCAGAAACAUGUGAAGCUGAUAACUCAGUUUUCAAUAUGCCUCUACUAUUUGCAAUAGCAAUGAUUGGGGCAACUGUGGGGGGAUUGCUUGCACGUCAAAGAAGAGGGGAGCUGAAGAGGUUGAAUGAUCAGCUGCGCCAGAUUAAUGCAGCACUAAGAAGGCAAGCAAAGAUAGAGUCUUAUGCUCCAAACUUGAGCUAUGCACCAGUUGGUAGUAGGUUGGAAGAAUUGGAAGUUGUUGUUGAUCCUAGAAAGGAGCACCUAAUUACAAAGUUGAGAACUGGGAAGAACUAUCUACGAAAUCAAAACCUGGAAAAGGCAUUUGAAGAGUUCAAGGCUGCUCUGGAGCUUGCACAGGCUUUGGGUGAUCAUGUUGAGGCGAAGAAGGCAGCACGAGGAUUGGGUGCAUCACUUCAGAGGCAAGGUAAGUACAGGGAAGCCAUUAAGUAUCACUCGAUGGUUUUGGAUAUAUCCAAGAAGGCAGGAGAGGAUUCUGGCAUCACUGAAGCUUAUGGUGCCAUAGCUGACUGUUAUACCGAGCUGGGAGAACUGGAACGAGCAGGAAAGUUCUAUGACGAGUACAUUGCGAGAUUAGAGAAUGACUAAUAUAUAUCGACUCUUAUUAUCUGUUCUUUUCUUCUUCUAGGUAAGUAGUUCGGAUUAUUAUGUUAUAUGAGACUUUUACAUUCAGGAUUACAGUAUUGGCUUUUGUGAGGGCCCUUUUCUGUCCAAACUGCUGCUGUACCUCUUGCAGUUUCCAUGAUGGUAUGUAGAUGUCACAUUACAUGACUUGUAUAUGCAUACAAAGAUAAUGUUAAUGGAGUGGUGUAGCUUCAUGUGGUUA